GCGCACACGGAACGCACGGCGUGUGGGGAAGCGAACAUUUUUUAUUUUAUUUGUCCUUUUUUGAGACUUAUCUUUGCUGUUAAUGAAUCGUAGACUCUGCUUUUACCCGGACAAUGUGUCAGUUAGCGUUAUGCGACCGCAAUGAAUGUUUAAAAUGUUUAGUAACCCCGAGCUAACGACAACUCUCCUGUGUUUUUAGCUUGAAGGUUAGUUGACCUUGUUAAAUUUAACUGACCAGACGUAUUUACGUUUUAUCUAAGAAUAGGUCCAAGCGUUAAAACGAGUUGGGAUAUGUGGCUAUUACCUGCAGGUGGAAUAUUACAUAAGUAACGUAGACGUUUUCUUGUCUUGCUGUUUGCUUUCUGUUGGGAUUGUCUUCUUUACACCGCCUGUCAAAGGAGCAUGUCUGUGUGGACAGCGGAGGAGCUGAUCAGAAGGAGUCUGCGCCUCUGCAGGCCUGUAUACCAGCAGCACGGCUUUCUGGUGGCCUCAUCAGCUUCAUCCUCACCAGGUCAGAAGCUCACACGCAUCCAGAGGCAGAGCCAGAGCCAGAGGCAGCCACCCUGGUGUCCUGUCGGUUCAGUGAGGUUCUACUCGCAGGAGAGGGACAUCAGUGAUGAGGCGGAAGAGAAGGACCUGUCCCUGCCUCAUGAGAUGCAGGUGGAGAAUGCUGCCGCAGAGCAGAGACAGUGGAGCUCUCCCUUCCUGAAGCACCUGGAGCGCUGCGGCUCCCCGUCGGACGUCCUGGACCUCACCCGUCUGUACGCGCCGACGAUCAGACAGGUCAGCAGCAGCCUGGUCCGCAUGUGGGCCGUCACCAAAAAGAUGUCCGAGGACCAGCGGCGGUACGAGCUCCAGCUCAUGUUUGAGCACCCUGCCCUGGACGAGCUUCUGCAGAAGGCCAUGAGGACCAUCAGUCUGAUGCGCCACGAGGACAUGGUGUACACCCUCCUCAGUAUGGUGAACCUGGGCGUGCCUCAGAGGAGCCGGGUGGUCCAGACGUCUCUGCGAACCCUGCAGGAGAAAUUGAACGAUCUCGAUGAGAAGUGUCUGUCCAUCUUGGCCAGCUGCCUGGAGCAUAUGGACGACUGUCCCAACGUUGUCGCACUGAAAGCUGGCCUGAGUCUCGUGGUGGAGGAGCGUCUGUCGGGGAUCAAGAACGUGGUCACUCUGCAGACCAUGAUGCGCCUGCUGGGAAAAGACGCCCCAAAGGAGCUGAAAUGGAAACUCGAGAAAAAGGCCUUGUCGAUGGCAGACCAGUUCAGCGUUCCCAAUGCUCAGUGGAUGAUCUCCACUAUGGUCACUAUGGGCUUCUAUUCCAAGCCUUUGUUGGAAGUGUGCAGCAGGAAGAUCACAGAAAACCUGCACGGCAUCCCCUUCAACCGGUUGUUGAAGCUGCUGCACUCCUGCAAGGAGCUGCUCUACAGAGACUUCUAUCUGCUCACGGCCAUCUCGGACUACAUCGCCUCCACGGUGGACAUCUGGACCAACAAACAGCUGCUGCUCCUCCUGUCUGUGUUUGAGAGCCUGGCCUUCUGUCCCGCCGCCGUCAUGGAGGCUUACGCAGAGAAAGUGAUCGCCGACCCCGACAUGCUGACGCUGAAGGACCUCCUGUGCGUCCUGAAGGUGUACUCCUCUCUGAACUACGACCUGCAGCACCAGCGACGGCCGUUUCUGGACAGCCUGGGCCGCGCUCUGGACUCCUACCUGCCCAAGAUGACGGCGUUUGCGCUGCUGAAGGCGGUGUACUGCCUCUGCCUGCUGGGCCACUUCCCCCCCGCGGCGCUGGAGAGGCUCCAGCAGAGCGGCACGCCGCCGCAGCAGCUGGCAGACUCCAAGUCGCUGAAGAACAGGGAGAGAAUGUUUCACACGGUGGAGCUGUGUCUCCGCCUCGACCGCCCUCCUCUCCCUCCCUCUGUCACUUUCCCCACGUCGGUCACGGAGGGCCCCGCGCCUUCCCAGUCGUCCAUGAACCCGUGGCUCCUGGAGGGCCUGCGGAGCCUGCUGGAGGACCAGGAGCACGUGACGCUGCAGGAAAUGGUGACGGAGGAGGACUUUUACCUCAUCGACGCCGUCAUCACCAAGCGCGAGUCGAGCCGGCGGCCCGAGAGCGACGCGGGAGAGCGCGGCCCGCCAGCAGAGCGCAGUCGAAGAAUCGCCGUGGUUCACGCUGCCCCGUCCAAGUUUUGCUUCGGCACGCUGAACCCGCGCGGCCCCCUGGCCCUGAAGGCCCGGCACCUGAGGAUCCUGGGAUACGAGCCCGUGCUGGUGUCGGAGCUGGAGCUGCAGUCGGUUUCGGAGGAGCAGAGGACCGAGUUCCUCAGGACGCGGAUUUUCCCGGAACUCGUGUCAGAAAGCCGAGCUGAGGCCGGGCUGGCGGCGUCUUGAAGGCCGUGAACCAACACCAAAAUGCAACGCAGCGACUUCAAAUCUCAGAUGAAAUGGAUUCAGAGACUUUAUUCAACAUCCGAAACAUUAAAGCGAUU